AUGAACACUCAAUCAACCCUCCGACAUUCCGCUCGCCCAGACUUCACUCAUGUCCCGAUUCAAUUGACCACUCGCAGAGACUCCGAAUUGUACCAUGUUCCAAUUCCCAUCACCGCACAUCCAUUUCUAGCGCUUGCUCGUGACCAGUGCUUUAACUGUGGCUGGUGGAAUCACACGAAGCCGGAGUGCGCUCAUCCAUCCGAAUACUGGUGUAAAGAAGGUCCGGAGCAAUGGCGCCGAAUGCCGAACGGGAAGUUCUACAGCAUGAAAGCGCUUCUUGGACUACCCCCCUACCACAAAAAACCAUUACAACAACAAUUAGAUUUAGGUGUUCUAGGUCCUGCUAUCAAUUUGAGGGGUCCAAUGUCAUUGAACUCGGACGCUUACCGAUCAGUGAUCAAUUCGAGUUCCAUGGCUUCUACUCAAAACACUUUCAACUUCGAUUUAACUCAGAGUUCUACGCCAAAGACUUCUUCGAAUUAUCGUCCAAUGUCUCAAAAUACGAUUAACCCGUCAUCUCAGCAGACUGUUUCGAAUUAUCUUCCAGUGUCUCAAAACACUCUCAACCCGUCAUCUCAGCUUUCAGAUCAGCUAUCAGAGCGACAUCCUUUCGAAAUCCCAUCUUCAAUGCCUUCUUCAGACUUCAUAGCCACACCAACUAGGGCGGUACGAGGUGGCCACUCGCUUGAAACUGAUGUAGGUGUGGUGUUACGCUCGGCCAAUUAUACUGAAGUCAUUAAUUGGAGUCCAGAGUAA